UCAUUCUCUAACCAGACAUAAAAGUGAUUUCUCUUGUUUUGUUGUUUAUUUGUUAUUCAAAAAACGUAAUAUUAUGGACGAGCCAUUAAAAUCUAGCGCCAAAUCAAAAUCAUCUUCAUCGAGUUCUUCGAAACAAAAAAAGGAUGAAAAAACAUCAAAAGAAGAUAUAUACACGUCAGAUUUUCUGCGUAAAAAAUUGAAAGUUUACUUUAAUCAUUCGGACUUCAAAAGUAGUCUACAAAAAGAUGCCAUCAGAGAGAUUAUGAGAGGAAAACGUGACGUUUAUAUUUCGAUGCCCACUGGAAGUGGCAAAAGUUUAUGCUAUCAGCUACCUGGUAUGCUGCACGAGAACAAAAUCACAAUUGUCUUUUCGCCGUUAAUUGCAUUGAUAAAAGAUCAAAUGGAUCACUUGACAAAGAUAAAAAUAUCUGCGGAAUCUUUGAACUCGAAAAUGACUACAAGAGAACGCGAUCGGGUAAUAAAUGACCUGAAAAGUAUACGCCCGAGCACAAAAUUCCUAUACAUUACACCAGAACAAGCAGCCACCGAUUUCUUUCGCUCGCUACUCGAUUCUAUUGUGAAAUACAAUAAAUUGGCGUUAGUAGCCGUCGAUGAAUGCCAUUGCGUGUCGGAAAUGGGUCAUCAAUUUCGACGGGAUUACUUGAAAUUGGGAGAGCUACGUAAACGAUAUCCAACUAUAAAAUGGAUAGCACUUACAGCAACAGCAUCGAAGGAAGUUACAUCGGAUAUAUUCAAACAACUUGCACUAAAAGAUACAAAAUCAUUCAAAACACCAUGUUUUCGUAAAAAUUUAUUCUACGACAUUAUUUAUAAAAAUUCCAUUCAAGAUGAUUACAUCCACUUGAAAGAAUUUGUAACGAAAUGUUUGAAGACUAAAAAUCCCGAUGAUAAACCGAACAAAGCACCGUGCGGUAUAAUUUAUUGUCGAACGAGAGAGUCGGUGGAGCGUGUUGCUAAUGGUUUGACAAAGCAAAAUAUCGUCUCCAAACCCUAUCAUGCUGGAAUUAAUGACAAAGAUCGAAAACAAUACCAAGAAGAUUGGACCGAUGGUAAAUUUCCAGUAAUUUGUGCUACCAACUCUUUUGGCAUGGGCGUAGACAAGGCGACUGUUCGAUUUGUUGUGCAUUGGGAUGUGCCACAGAACAUAGCCGCAUAUUAUCAAGAAUCGGGCCGCGCUGGAAGGGAUGGCCUUCCAUCAUUUUGUCGUCUUUACUAUUGUCGUCAAGAGGUGAAAACAAUCAAUUUUCUUUUGCAACAACAACUUCAAAAAGAUCCCGACAACGUCAAGUCCAAGCGAAGCGUGAAAGAGUUUGAAAGAUUGGUCGAUAAUUGUGAAUCUUUGCGUUGCCGUCAUUUGCUCUUUUCCCAUUAUUUCGGUGAUCAUCCGCCCGAUUGCAAACAGAAGCAAUUGUGUGAUGUGUGUAAAGAUUACAAAGGUAGCGAAAAAAAGUUGGAAAAUUUUCAUCGACUUGCUCUGAAUGGGUUCACCAGUAAAAUGGAUGUGGAUUUCGAUAGUUCCGAUUUGUAUGAAGGUGGCCGAAAUGCGGUACAGGAAUCAGAAACUGCCUAUACCCAAGUCAAUGACGAUGAUCACGAGGAAUACGGUGCAACGAAACGUGAUGCAAAAGCCAAACGAGAAACAACCAAUUUGAUACAAAAAGAAUUCGAACGACGCAAGCAGAAAAUUGAGGCAGCCAAAAAAUUGGAACAAACACAAACACGAUCGUUUGGCAUUCGAAUUAGAAGCAGUAUUCACACCAGUAAGAUAGCUGGGUUGGAUGUAAAGAAACGCGAAAUUUACUUGGACUUCUUGCUGAAAGUGUUGAAAGAAAAUGCAGAAAAGGCGAGCGAGAAACCACCACAUCCAUUGAAAGGUUGUGAUUUUGAAGAUAUUGCUGCUGAAUUGGAGUACAACUGUUUCACAAAAAAUCGUGUGUUUGCAAUGUACCAAAAAUCAAUCACAGUGGAGCGUCUACGAAUCGAUCGAAGCACCAAAAAUAAUGAAUUAUUGACCGAAAUUAAGAAUCACACACCGAAAAAGCGAACAGCAUAUGGCGGAUCAUCUGAAGCUAUGCAACGGGAUUUGGACGAUUUUAUGGAAAAGAAUAAAAUUGUGGACGAAACAAAUAACACAGCGAAUCACGCAAACGUGGGAUUUCAGACUGCGCGUCAAAUUAACAAUAAAUUGAGAGAGACAAAUCGCAUGAAGAAGGAUCCAUUGACACAAAUGUCGAUCAAUUCAUUUUUUUCAACGGCGUCGAUAAAACGCGAACCUGAAGAAGACAAUGUUGACGACAAUCAAAAUGGAUUGGAAAAUAGUCAACCAGCAAAGCGACGCAAAGUGGACAUCGAAGCACCUCGAAUUAAAACUGAACCGAUGGAUACGAAUGAAAGCACCGAAAAUAUGACAUCCGUACCAAUAAAAAACGAACCGAUUAAUUAUGACAGUGAUUGUGGCACAGAAAAGGGCAGCGAUGAUGAAAUGGAUACCAUGACACAUACAUCAAAACAACAACAACAACAGCCAGCAGCACCGCCACCAAACAGAAUAACAACAAAUGCAAAAAACAUAGAAUUCAAUCCACAAAAUGUCAAAACGGAACGAAAUUAUGAUGGUGCCGACACAGACGAAGCCAGUGAUAAUGACGGUGAAACAGUGACCGGUGUGAACCAGGUUCAACGAAAAAAAACCAAAUCACAGCGCGACAAUGAACAGCAGGCAAGAGACCAGCGAAUUGGAACACAUAGAUCAAAUCAAUGUGAAACGAUUACCAGUCAACCGAGACAACUUGUACAAAAUGAAAUCAUUUCGGAAAUCGGAUUAAAUUGCGAAGAGGAAUCAAUGGCAAUGGUUGUUGCUGAGCCAGUGAGAGUUAACGAUGACAUUAAAGAUGAACCGGUUGAAUCCGAUGAAGAAACAGACGAUGAAAGUAAUGUUAACAAUCAAAAUGUCGAGCCUCAAAGCGUUAGUGCCAAUUUCCACGAUGAUGAUCGAUAUCAACAACCAUCAACAUCAACAGCGUAUCCUCAACAUUUCACAGCUCUACCGCCGCCGCCAAUUCAUCAAGAGCCAAUUUACGAUCAACCACUGUACAAUGUUGGACUAAAGUCAACCAAAUCAGUUGUGAAUGCCGUUGAUGGUAACCCAUUAUUGCGAUUCAAUCAAUUCGAACGGCCAGCGGAAAGAGAAAAACCAAUGAAAAAUUAUGUGGAAAUCGUCGACGACGACGAUAUCAACUACGAUGAAUUGGGCGAUGAAAUUGAAAAGUAUGUAGAAGAUAUGGAACAGGCGCACAAUGAAGAGCUGGAACAAUUGAAGAAAAUCAAUAUGGCACAGCUAAAUAUAAAGGAACGAGCAGCAUUGGCCGAACGCUUAAAAAAACUACUAAGGAAGAAAGAGCUCAUCUAUAAAGAAAAGGUUAAAGAAGAGGCUAAAAAAACCGAAAAAGAACAAGAAAAAAUUCGUAGCAACUUCAUGAGCGAUCUCUUCGGAUCGAAUUUCAAACUUGAUAUUUUGGAAAAGCGAAUGCUGCAUAAAACGUUCGUCACGGAUCGUGGUGCACGUGAACAAAAAGUCAUUUCGUACAGUGAUUUCAUGAUGAAGCCAAUCAAGUGCGAAGAUGAAAAAACCAAGAAAGAAUAUCACGUUAGCAUGGCCUUGAACGAGCACAUUCACAAAAUGAAUGAGGCAAAUAUGCUUGAUUUGGUGCCACAAAAAGUGAUCGACAAGGUUCGCAACGAUAAGAUGACAAUCAAAAACAAAGUCGAACGAUAUUUAAUGCCAUUCUACAACGAUAGACGCAUCAACAAAAAGGAAUAUGAAAAUAUUUGCCAAACAAUUACUCAUUACCAAUACGAAAGCAACGAAUACAGUUCUGCAGCCAUUAGAGAUCAAGUGCUGAGAGUUGUUACAGACUGGAUUAAAAACAGAGAAAGUAUGCGGAAGGCCAAAUGAAGAUAUUUUGUUUACACGUUUUUGUUUUCUUUUUAUAAAUUUGUUUUGAAUUAAGCAUGAAUUUUUUCACAAGUUUUUGUUAAAUACAACAUU